UCUGGGGCAGAAGUGUCUGUAUCCCGUGCUGCUGUAUUUCUGCCGCCACACUUGAAAAGAUGUCUCACACAUCACAGAAGCAUCGGGACUUUGUCUCUGAGCCUAUGGGCGAUAAGCCAAUUACAGCUUUGGCUGGUAUUGGAGAAGUUCUUGGUGGCAAAUUGGAAGAGCAAGGCUUUGAUAAGGCUUAUUUGCUUCUGGGGCAGUUUCUUAUCCUAAAGAAAGAUUCAGACGACCUCUUUAAAGAAUGGCUAAAGGAUUUCUGUGGAGCCAAUUCCCGACAAGCAGAGCUGUGUUCUUCCUGUCUGAAGGAAUGGUGUUCAUCUUUCCUGUGACGCUUUCUUCUAUGCACUUGUGUCCUGAAGUUUUUACCUGCUGAUUAUAAUCACCUCUCCUAAACUGUUCAACUCUUUUCUAAG